AUGUCAGGAAAUAAAGAUUCUCCGAACGAACCCGAAAUUUCCAGAAGGCCAAACCCAAAAGGCUGGACUCCUCCCAAGGCACCCUACAAUCCAUACGAUCCCACCGAUGUAAGACCUCCCCAGGGUUAUCCAUCUGAGUUCAAAGCUCCUGGUACACAGCCAGAAGGAUUUUCUUCUAUUCCAAAGAGCCCUACCCAAUACAAGAAAGUCAACGAAACCAUGAGGAGAUUGAACUAUACGCCUAGACCGCCUUCUGAAUUAUAUCCUGGUCAAUAUAAGGUGUUGAGAAGAGUGGAUACCAACCAGAGAUUGAACACAGGAUCCCGUUGGUUCGGGACGUUUAUUGGCGGAUCCAUAAUAUUUUACUUUGCUUUCUUCUUUAGAUGGAAUGAAGGACGAGAAAACGUGAUGUCGGACUUCUACAGGGCCAGAUUGAAGUUGAAAGAAAAGAUCAGUACAUUGACCGAUGAAGAGUAUGAUGACUUGUACCACCCUAAAGAUCCAUCUAUUGGUGUCAGAAGUGUCAGAGACACAGACUAUAUUCCAGAACAAUUGAGAAAGACCACUGAAGGUGAAUAUGCCUUGAACAGACCUUCCGAAAGACAUGUGCUAGAAGCCCAGAGAAUCCAGCAGGAACAGGAAGAGAAGUUGUUGCGUGAAUUAGACACACACAAACAGUUUGCCAUGGAGUUGAUCAAGGAUGGAGACUACACUCCAACGUCUGCUCCUGAGAAGAGAAAGAAGUGGUUUGGAAUCUUUUAG